CAGCAACUUGAGUUUACUCAUUUGUAGAAAACUUUUAUGAAAGGCGGGUUAGAACGACUGCAGCGUUGAAGAACAAUGACAAACUUCAAGAUAACCAACAGAUAGCUGCCAGCCAUUGUUGUGUUAAUACAAACCAGUUUCAGUGAUGCCAGACGUCGAACCGCUCAGAUUCCCAUCAAGGGAAGGGAGACCAAGUCAGCAAGACCAAGCAGAUCUUCAAGCCGUGUGCUCUGGCAGACAUCGCACUUGUGCUUUGCUCAACAGUCCCUCACCGUAUGUCAACAGUGUCAUUUACCAUAUCCAGGAGCUGAAGAUGACAGUGGAAAAUUGGUGUCAGCAGUCUGGAAAAGAUCAACCACAGGUCCACCAGGGCAAGCACCAAUACAACAAAACUUUAAGAGAUUCAGAUACCGAAUCAGCAAUGUCUACAGAGUUGUUUGUUGAAGGCUUCGCAAUCAGUGCAAGAGAAAGUUGUCCAUUAGCGCCUCAAUUGAAGAAAAUAAAUGAUGUCCUCAGAGAGGUUGUGUAUCUGAUUGAGCGACUGGAAGCUGAUAGGCAGUAUGCAGAGGAGGCUCUUCGCAAAGAGAAGAGGAGAAAACACUUUUUGGAGAACAAGGUGGACAGCAUCUCACUGUGGAAACAAAAAGAGCACUCUUUUGUAGUCCAAAAAGAGCAUGAAGCUUGCAUAAGAGACAUCACUGAACUUAAGUGGCAGCUGAAAAUGGAAAGAGAGAAACUUUUUCAAGCCCAGGAGAAACUGUCUUACACUGAGGUAUUGAACCAGCGAUUACAAGAGGACAUUAGUUUUGCUAAAAAACAACUUCCCAUCGUGAAGGAAAACAUGGAAGUUCAGAGAGGCAUCAUUCAUGAAAUCAACACUUCACAAGCUGAGGCUGAUGAAGUUCGCUCAAAAACACAGAGUGAUCUCUUGCUGGUGAAGAAGGAGUUGAAAAAUAUGGAGCUGGAAGCCAACAAUGAAAAGAAAGCACUAGAUUAUUCACUGCUGUCGAUGAAGAAUCAGCUUGCUAACAGAUUGGAAGAUUUAAACUCGCUGAAAGGGCUUGAGAUGGGACUUUGUGCUGAAAUAGUGGUUGCUGAAAAGAUGGUUGCUCUGACUGAUGAAAAGUGUGCAGCCAUCAAACAACGUAUUCCUGAAAUGAUUGAGCUCGAGAAAACUGAAAAAGACAAGAUUUUGGAAUUACAACUUCAAAUUGAACAAGAAAUGCAGAGGAAUAAGAAAUUAAAAGAGAAGCUAAUAUCCCUACAAGAACAGAUUGAGAAAACGAGACUCAGUGGGGAAGCAGAGGUUUCCUGCAUAGAAGAGCAGCUCCUUUCAAAACGUAAUGCCUUCACAGCUCUUUGUAAAGAAAACAUGGAGGUUGAACAGGAUGUAGAAGACUACAAGAGGAAACUUGCUGAGAGUGAGAAGGCGGUGAGGCAGAUGUGUGAGGAGAGGAAGCAGAUGCUCCAGAAAAUCAUUGACAAUGACGAGCAGUGGGAAAAGGCCAAGGAGGAAGUGACCCAAGUUGUAGCCCAGCACAGUGUCACCCAGACUAAACUGGAAGAGCAGGAGCAGCUCACCUUCAUGGAAGAACAGCGGGCCAGGAAAGAGAUAGAAAACCUGAGGAAAGAUCUGACAGGUCAGAUGACUUCUCUGGAGCUACUGAAGAGUCAGUGUUCAAAUUUAAAUGAAGAAUUGAAUCGACAACAAAGGAGAUCAGCGAUAACAAACAAAAAGCUUCAGAAAGAUUUGGAUGAUGCUUCCUCAGCAAAAAGGACUCUGGAAACAAAGAUUAAGAAAAUUAAGAAAUUGACAGAAACGUUUGAAAGGAUUGAGUUUGAACACAGGAAAAUACUAUUCAGCCUUGACAAGGAAAGGAAACUCAAAUGUGACCAACUGAAAUCUGCCCAGGAUUUACAAACUGCUACUAUAAAGAGAUGUGACAAUACCCUGAACAGGAUCAGUGACCUUACGAAGAAGUGCAAAGAAUACCAAGAUGCUUCAGAUAAGAUGGAAAAAAUAGUUGAAGGCAUGCCAGAAGUCAUAGCAGAACUUCAAAAUGUUUUUGAUGUGGUGGAAUUCAAAAACAAAUCAGCUGCUCUCAUAAUGAGCACUUUGCAGUCUGAUAUUAAUAACUGCCAACAACGAACACAGCGAUCCAUAGAGACACACUCGGCUCAUGUUACAGCAAGGAAACAAGAAAGGGAGGAUUCCAAGGAAGCCCUAAUAAAUGCACUGAAGGAGAACAAACAGCUGGCAAGCGAGUAUGAAAGUCUUAAGAAGAUCCUCAUGGAGGCCAAACAGGAAGCUGUGUCCGCACUCAGCGAGAAAAACCAUGCACAUAAAUCAUUUCAUUAUUUCAUACAGCUCUCUUUGUUGCAGAAGAGGAUGCACAAAGCUUUGGUGAAAUACUUCAAACAACGCAGCCUCUACGACCAGGCUGAACUGGACCGGUGCCAGGCUCUUUCUCAAGAGACCGACCAGAAAAUAAAAACAGCCCAGGAUGGGUUGUCGGAAGAUAUUCAGCUCAUCUGUGCAUUCCUGCAAACCUUGACGGAUGACUCUACUACCACUGAUGAAGCCGGGGUGAACAAACAAGCCCGUCCAGAUGCCGCUGGAUUGAAUGAGUAGAUGCCUUCAGUUCAAACAGCAGAGUAAUUGGACAUUCACCUGUACCAGACAACUUACUUACCCUAGCACGCUUCACUAUUCCCCCCUCUUUACUUGCAGCAAAUCCAUAACAAUGAAACAGGUGACUUUCAUGCUGCUGUCAGGACUGAUCUAAUUUUAGCUGGGUGAAUGAUUGCAAUUGGCUUUGCCUCAUCAGAUAAUUAAUCUAUGUCACCAUUAAUUGGAAAAGAGAAUAAUUACAGGCAGUGUUGACAGAAAUUCUACGCUUCUCCAGAUUCCAAGAUCUAAUUACAACUAGUGAAACCCUGUGACCUUAACUAGCACUUAGUACACCUUGGCCACCUUGACCAUGCCCAUGUUAAGACCACUGUGUCAUGAAAGACCCUGUUUUUCUUACCCCCCCUCCCCUCCGCACUCCUUUCACUCGCCUCACUCUGUGAAAGCUGUCUCCCUCAAUCACUUUUCAAUAUUCAAUCUUAAUUUUGUGGAAGUUUAGCAUUUUCAAUGAGCUGGAGAUGAAUGAUUAAUGAAUAAAUUUAAAUGCUUCA